AUGACGAGACAUGCGAGAAAUUGUACUGCAGGAGCUGUGUAUACUUAUCAUGAGAAGAAAAAAGAUGCCCAAGCUUCUGGAUAUGGGACCAAUGCUCAGAGACUAGGAAAGGAUUCUGUGAAAGAUUUCGACUGUUGCUCCCUAUCCCUUCAACCAUGCAGGAAUCCAGUAAUAACCAAAGAUGGUUACCUUUUUGAUAAAGAAGUCAUUCUGGAGUAUGUAAUCAAAAAAAAGAAUGAAUAUAAUCGAAAACUAAAAGAAUAUGAACGAAUGAAAACUAAAGAAAUUGAAGAUGAUGCUCAAAAAGAAGCUAAUGAGGUGGAAGAAAAGGUAUCAAAAUUUUUGAAUACUGAGAACAAUAUUGUCAGUAAACCAAUGGAUGGUUUCAAACCAGAUGAACCUAGCACUUCAUCAAUAUCCAAUAUGGCUGGUGGUAAAGAUAAAGAGCUUCCAAGCUUUUGGGUACCAUGUCAGACACCUAGUGCUGAGAAAUCUAUAAUAGAAAAGCCAGAUCCAGUAGUGUACUGCCCCAUAUCCCAGAAACCACUGAAGGUCAAGGACUUAAUUGCAGUUAAAUUUACACCUGUAAAAGAUCCAGAUGACAAAAAGUCAAUACAUACCAGGGAAAAUAGAUAUAUGUGUGCAGUUACCCAUGAUAUUCUGAGCAACUCUGUCCCAUGUGCAGUUUUGAGGCCUAUGGGAGAUGUGGUUACUAUGGAGUGUGUGCAAAAAAUUAUCAAAAAAGAUUGGAUGCAUCCUCUAACUGGUAAGAAACUGUCCAAGAAAGAUCUCAUCAUAAUGCAAAGGGGUGGAACUGGGUACUCAUUUACCAAUGAGCAAUUAAAUGCUAAACAUCAAAGGCCAGCACUGCAGUGCUAG